AAAAUUUGGAUCAUUGAUAGCUAUAAGUCGUGGAACUUCAGUUUGUCAAUAUAACAAUAGCAUUUAUUCUACCAAGAUAUUAUUUGGAAAGGAUGAUGUUGAAAUUAUGGCAGCAGCUCGAUAUAUAGCAGAGCAGAUUAAUGCAGAUAAACCAUUAUUAAUUUCAAUAUCUUUGAAAGAUUAUGAAUUAGAUACUUUAAAAACCAUAGUUAAGACUAUAAAUGAUAUGAAAGCAUGGUAACGUUAUAAAAUAAUAACCUAAUCAUGAGUUUAAUAUUUGGACAAAUAGUUAUUGGUCCACCUGGAAGUGGAAAAACUACAUAUUGUCAUGGUAUGGCUAGAUUUUUAGAAAAACUUGGAAGAAAGGUGGCUGUUAUUAAUAUUGAUCCUGCAAAUGAAAACAUGGAAUAUAUACCAUCAGUAGAUAUCUCUGAAUUGAUAAAACAUGAGGAAGUAAUGGCACAUUAUGGACUUGGUCCAAAUGGGGCAUUAGUUUAUUGUAUGGAAUUUUUAGAAGCUAAUAUAAAAUGGUUAAUUACAAAACUUUUAAAUUUAAGAGAUCAUUAUCUUAUAUUCGAUUGUCCUGGGCAGGUUGAGUUAUAUACACAUCAUAAAUCAGUUAGUGUAAUUGUUGAAAAAUUAGGACAAAAUUUAGUAAGAUUAUGCACUGUACAACUUGUUGACUCUCACCAUUGCAGUGAUGCUGGUAAAUAUUUAUCUUCUUUAAUUCUUUGUACAACAACAAUGUUAAAAUUAGGUAUACCUCAUGUCAAUGUAAUGACCAAGUUUGAUGAAAUGAAAAAAUUUAGUCAUUGUCUAGAUUUUAAUAUAGAUUUUUAUACAGAAGUGUUGGAUUUGAAAUAUUUGCUAGACAAAUUGGAUGAAGACCCAUUUACAGCAAAAUAUAAGAAACUAAAUGCAGCUUUUAUAUCAUUAAUAGAGGAUUACAGUCUUGUUAGUUUUAUACCAUUAGAUAUUUCUAAUCAAGCGCUGUUGUUACAAGUUAAAAAUGCUGUAGAUAAGGCUAAUGGUUAUAUUUUUGGUGGAAAUGAACCUCAAGAUGUUCAAACACUACUUGCCUGUGCUGUAGGUGCAGUGAGUGAAACUGAAAAAAUGUCUACAAUAGAUGCAUACUUUUAAAAAAACUUUGAACUUUAUUUCUUUUCAUAUUUCUAUUUCUUAACAUAUUAAUAACUAUCUGAUAUAGUUAA